CGUCUAACUUGGUCUCGCUGCUGUUCCAUCUUGAUGGCAACAACGUCGCUGUAUUUUCAACAAUCGGUUGUUAUACUAUUUUUGCCAUAGCGUAAGCUGCCGUGCGACCAAAGCGGCUUAAUUUAUAGAAUUUAAUUCGCGCUAAGCUUUGCUGGCGUGCAAUAAUUUAUCAAGCAAAAUGUCACAGCCAUUGAGCAAAUUCAAAACGUUAUUCUUACUGUGGCUGUCCAUACAAUCGACGUUUGCUUUUCCCAUAGCGCAGUUGGACAAUGAACUGGUAGCUUACCCCACAACACCCAGCGAGGUGUUGCCCGUUGAGCCACUGUUAAUUUAUCCUGAGGAGCGUCAGCUGCUCUACCAGGCACGCAACUUUGCUGACGACGGAGAGCGGGAUAUAAUCUUUGUAAAACUGCUGGAGGACAAAUCAAAGGGCUACCGUCCCAAGCAGCAGCGUCUGGUUGAGAAGUUGCAGCAACGACGCAAGGAGCUAAGCCUUAAGGAUAUUUUCUUUGUCAAAGCGCGCACCAACGGACAAUUCAGUCACGAACGCCUGAAGGUUUAUCGACUGCCCGAGUUUUAUGCCAUCAGCGUGUUUCGCAAUGGCGAGAAGUAAACGGCAAACAGCCAACGGCCAGGCCAACGCACAAUGUGUUGCAAUUUUACGAUUGCAAGCUGAAGUUGUUUAAGUUAUAUAUGUA